AUGUACAACAAUGGGCACGAAGUUCAUUCAGAAAUUUAUAGGUUAAAUGAUACGGCUUCCGUGUUCCAAGCAGAGGUUCUUGCUUUAAAAAAAGCACUCAUCUGGAUAGGUUCCACAAUAACUGACAACAUUCCUAUUGGUAUUUUUACAGAUAGUCGUAGUUCCCUUCAAAGUUUAAAUAGUGAUAAAAUUACGAAAAGAAGCAUUUUUAGCUUAAAGGAAAUCAUAAAAACUCUUUUAGAUUCCCAUUCUCUAGAGCUUAAUUGGAUUAAAGCUCACACUGGAAUCGCAGGGAACGAAAGAGCAGAUUCCGAAGCAAAAAGAGCAACACAACAAGAUCAGAUAGAUGUUGAAGUGCCACUUUCAGAGAUUUCGGCCAAACAUCAAAUCUUGCAAGAAUCGCUUAAAACAUGGCAGCAAAUAUGGGAUGAGGACUCUACAGGCCGUUCGACUUAUGCCUUUUUUCCACAAAUUUCUCUCUCUCGUAUACAUUCAGAUCACAUUUUAAAUCAAGUCUUGACAAAUCAUGGUAAAUUUCCGCAAUAUAUGCAAAGAUUUUCAUAA